UUUUGUCCUUUGAUUUGAACCAUUGGAUUGGAAUCUUGCCAUUCACAUGCAUUUAUUUUGAAUUUUUGCUUUUAACUUUGACUUUCCACCUUUCACAUGCAUGCGACUAUCUACCACUUUUAUGUGAUGUAAUUUUUAUCUACCUUUUUCAUGUAAUUUUUCAUCAACCACUUUCAUGUGAUAUAAUUUUUAUCUACCACAUGAGUUUUGAUUUGGAUUUUGAAUUUUGUGGUAAGGAUCUAUGAGUUGCACCUUGGAAUUGGAAUCUCAAUUUUUUUUUUUGAGAAAAUGAAUUUUUAACCAUUUUAUGGUUGAAAAUUCUUCGCAUUUUGUUGGGUUUCUUCAAAUUUCCUUCGAAAAUCUUCAAAUUUUCUUUGAAGUUCUUCAUCCUUUCUUUGAAGAUCUUCGAAGUUCUUGACAAGGGAGCCAUUUUGGAGAAUUUAAAGUCUUUUUGGGCUUUUUUGUAAUUUAUGAAACUUCUUGGGGUUCCCCAUAAUUUUGGAAAAUAUGGCCGAGAGAAGAAAGAGGACUCACGGAGGAAUCCAACUAGAUGGUGUGGAGAGUUACGGUACUUCAUCUCAAGGGGACGAGGGUCCUGCAGACUGGUACGCUGGGUGGACGCUCCAUAGGACUCGAGAUCACAUAUGCAACUCCAUAUGGGGCAUAUGGGUGAGUCCUACAUUUCACUUUAUUUAUUCAUUAUUUUUGUUAUUUUUUCAAUUUAUAUAUUUUUUAUUUAUCAUCAUUUUCUUAUCAUAUAUAUAUAUAUAUAUAUAUAUUGUUUUAGAGGUUCAAUGAGGGAGUACCACCUGCUUUGGCUAGAUAUGGUCAUCCGAAUUCGGUCCAGGAUUGGUACAAGGUACUUCCUCAUUGGGUCAAGGGGCUAGUUGAUUCAUCUUACCUGAGCCGAUUAACCUUGUUGAAGACCAGGAAGAUUAGUCCGGCAUUGGCGGGAGCCCUGAUGGAGCGGUGGUGGCUGAGUACUCACUCCUUUAAUCUCCCUACCGGCGAGAUUACCAUCACGCCCCUGUGCUUCUAUGCGUUGACAAGCAUACCAUUUGGGGGGAGGCCCCUAUCUCUUUUUGAGACUUUAACAACAGCUGAGUUCACAGACUUGAUGGGCAUCGACAUCCAGGGUGAUCAGAAACAUAUCCAUUUAGGAGAGAUCACUGCCCGAUGGUGGAGGAUGAACCUGAGGGCAAACCCAGUAACUUUGGGUAGGUGACCCGUUCUUUCCUUCUAUUUACUGUGGGUCAGUGUCUCUUUAGUGAUCUUUGGGGUAGAGUGGAUAUUCGCAUGGCUGCCCUCUUCCGAAACCUUCGGGAGAUAGACACUUGGGAUUGGGGUGGGGCCACCUAUGCAUACCUUUUGCAGACUCUUGACCUGCUAUCAUAUGGACAUUGAGGCCCAAAGGAGCGGGCUACAUUCUCCAGGUAGCUUCUUAUCCCUACACGUAUUUCCUUUCAUUUUGGUUGCACUUCCUUACUUUGAUUUUUCGAAUCACCCCUGGUGUUAUGAACACCUAGAGAUUAUGGCCCCCAUACUGAAGGAUCCUCGAGCAUCGCCCUUCCCUAUAGCCACGAGAUGGGGAAAUAGUCGGGUACUCAGGGGUCGGCGCCAUCCUCCAGGGACCACUACUCGUUCUCUCUUGAGUGGACUUACAGAGGUUACUUGGAGGUCGUUUCAGCACCUUAGGUUUCCUGACCUUGUCGAAGUUGCUCGGGCCAGGCACUUAAUAGAGAACCGAGUUCUGUUCAGGGGUAUCUGGGGCCACGCCUGGUAUUUGGGAGAGCGGGUUACACCCCAGUGGCCUGAUUUCGACAUGCACUUCCCUCCUUGUCUUCCUCCAUCCACUAUGGAUCACCCGGAGCGCAUCCCUAUGGAUCAAAUUGAGAGAUUGGCCGAAGGAACGUGGGAUGACUCCUUCUUAGACCAGAAUAGGGAUUAUGAGACCUUCCUUGAGGAAGUGACAGUAUGUACCCCCUUUGGUCCCAGAGGUCCAGUGGUAUGUUUUCCCUUCUUGAAUCUCCUUCAAUUCCCUUUUUGUUUGGCUUUGAUUGAUGUUCUUGCAAUAGAGGAUACGACAUGCGGACCCUUCUUCUAUUCAGUCACAAGCAGGGGCUGCUAGUCCAUCCCAAGUUGGGCCUUCUACUAUUUUGGGUGGAUCUCUUAGGAUGGCCACCAUCCCCUUUCGUGGCUUCUUGGGCUGACCUUAUCCCAGUGCAACCCAUCCUGUUAUCCCUCAGCUCCUGGAGCGUAGACUGGACAGAGAUGCCUCUCUUAGGCAGCCUAUUCCAUAUGACUGUGCGAGUAUUCAGCCCCCUUUUAUUUGAUUGGCUUUUAACUUCUUUUGACUGACAUGGUCUU